GAUCUUUGGCGGAACUUAGCGGUCGGUUAGCAACGACCACAUCAACAGGAGGAUGCUGGGAGUGGGACAGCUGUCACCCUGAACCACUACAAACUGCGUUUUAACCGUAUGUUUGUUCAAAUUACGCCAAUGUGCAUAGUGCGCUGUAGCGCGUGCAUGACACCUAAUUGUUCUCCCGGUCUUCCGGUUAGCAGAGAGUUUGAAAAUAUGAGCGAGACGAGUCACCGGAGACGAACAAAUAAGACACCCGUUACUGUCGUUGCUGCAGCGCGAACAAGCUAACGAGCUAAAGAAUGACGCAGUCUUAAAAGUUUUUUUCAACUGCAGCGCAGGCAGCUAACAUGGACUCACUGUUGGGCUUUGAGGAGUGUGUCAAAGAUUCACCGGAGUUCAGACUGAACCUGGAUCAGUUUGAGAAGGAGGUUUCACUGCUGGAGUCACACCUGGACAAGGUGAUGAAGCUGUGUGGUAGGAUGGUGGAGGCGGGACAGGUGUACAGUUCAACCAAUCAGCUGUUUCUGAGCAGCCUGGCCGACCUCUCCACGUACCAGGAGACAAAUGGAGUUGUCACUAAUUGUCUGAACCAGUUUAACCAGGGCCUGCAGGAGAUGGUCAGCUUUCACACUAUGUUGUUUGAUCAGACACAGAGAGCCAUUAGUCAACAGCUGAACAACCUCUGUACACAGUUUCUCCCUCAGCUGGCAGAGACCAGGAGAGAGUUUGUUCGGAUCGGUGAGGAUCUGGAGACGGCAGCUCUAAAAAACGCUCAGGUGUCACGCCACAAAGCCAGUGAAGCAGAGAGGGCAAGUCACCUGCUGCUGGCCACACAGAAAUGCUACCAACACUUCGCCUUGGACUACUGUCUGCAGCUGAACAGCUUCAAGAUUCAGCAGAGGGCAGAUAUCUUAAACUCCGUCUUCUCCUUUGUCCACGCUCAGUUCACCUUCUUCCAUCAAGGCUUUGACCUGCUUAGAGACAUGGAGCCCACCAUGAAGACCAUGGCAGCACAGCUCUCCCAGCUGUCAGCCGACUGUGUGUCAAAAAGAAAAGACCUGGAGAACAAACACCUACUGGUGCAGCAGAGAGAUGCUUCAGGUGAGCAGAUGGUCAGCCCGUGUCCGGGAAGUGAUGACAUCAUCCAAGGUUACCUGUUCAAACGUUGCAGGAGGAAAUCUAAAACCUGGAAGAGAUGUUGGUUUACAAUCAGAGACAAUCAGCUUAUUUACAGAAAAUCACACAAGGAUGACACCAUGGUUCUGUUUGAGGAUCUCAGACUAUGUGCUGUCAAAUCCCUGGAGCACACCGACCGACGAUUCUGCUUUGAGCUGCUUUCAGUCCAGAAGAGCUGUGCUCUGCAGGCCGACUCGGAGCAGCUUAAGCAGGCGUGGCUCAGCGCUCUGCAGGGCAGCAUUGACCUUGCCUACAGAGAGAGAGGAGGCACACCCCUCACACAACCAAAAGAACCCCCCUCUCUACUGUGUGGAGAGGAAAACCCACCGGUGCCCCCAACUCAGAGGCCAGCUGCCCUGGGUGUUGCUCUGAGUGGCCCCGGGAACCAGCGGUGCUGCGAUUGUGGGGAGGAGGAACCUCGCUGGGCCUCCAUCAACCUGGGAGUCACCAUGUGCAUUGAGUGCUCUGGCAUACACAGGAGCCUGGGUGUUCACCUGUCAAAGGUGCGAUCUCUCACUCUGGACUCAUGGGAGGCUGAACAGCUGAAGCUACUGUGCAUUCUGGGAAAUGAUAUCAUGAAUGGAAUCUAUGAGGCGCGGUGUUCAGAGGAAGGAAGAGUUAAACCCACAGCUGACAGCCCACGACCAGAGAAAGAGAUGUGGAUCAAAGAGAAGUAUGUGGAGAAGAGAUUUGUGCAGAGCAGUGGUUCUGAUGCAGCUCAGUGUCCUAAGGUCAACCCUGGGCAUCUUUACCAGGCAGCUUUGGCUGGCGACCUAGUUGCCAUGGCAAAGGCAUUGGCUGAAGGAGCAGAGGUCAGUGGCUGUGUCCCUGAGGAGGAGGGACGCACAGCACUGAUUGGAGCUGCUGUUGGGGGGUCACUGUUGGCCUGCGAGUUCCUGCUGCAGAACGGAGCAAACAUCAACUACCGAGACCUGAGAGGACAGGGAGCACUGCACGCAGCUGCCACUGCUGGACACACUGGACAGGUGUGUCUGCUGCUGAAGAGAGGAGCUAAUCAGUACGCUGUGGACGAGACAGGACAGGAUCCACUGGCCAUCGCCGUGGAAGCCGCUAACGCUGACAUUGUCACACUGCUGAGGAUGGCCCGGAUGAAUGAAGAGAUGAGAGAUUCAGAGGGCAUCUUUGGAGCCAUGGGAGAUGACCAGACUUUUCAGGACAUCUUCCGCGACUUCAGUGAUAUGGCCUCUCACGACCCAGAGAAACUCAGCAGACGGCAGCUCAUUCGUGGAGGAGACAGCGAGCUUGGCGAGGACAAGGAGCGGGAUAAAUAUUGAACAGGGACAGCAGUGUUGGAAAGAUGUAAGACAUUUGUCAUUUGACAGCGGAUCUCCUCACGCACGGUAGACUCACUGAAACCUCAGACACAUUACAUUUCAAGAUUUUACUGUCUAAUGACAGACAAGUUAACAGUCUAAAUAACUUUUUUCAGGUCUUUCUUCAAUAGAAAAAUGUGGCGAUUUUGUAAAUUGUGUUUCCUUUUAGAGGAAAAUUGAUGAAAUAAUUCCAUACAUUUAUAUUUAACAUACAGUUACUGUGACUGGACAAAAUGUUACAGUGCUGAAGAUGACUGAAACCGACUAAUCAUUAAUAGUCAGUCUGACAAUAAUGAUUUGAUUUUUUUUUAAAUGUCUGAAAAUGUGUUUUAAUUUAAACAUUUUAGCUUAAUCUUCAAGCUGUGAAUAUUAAUUAAUAUUAAUGAUUCUUUUUAAAAAUUAAGAAAACCACUAACUAAAUAUUUACUUUUGGAAACCUCCCCCAAAAAAUGUCCUUCAAAAAGGUAAAAAGUCUCGGAGAAACUUUUCCAGGCAAGGAUUCAGAGGUAAUAUUUUGUAAGAAGUAGACGAAGCAAAGGACAAGAGAAGAAGGCAGGGAUGCAACGUUACAGAUGCUAACUGAUGUUAAACCCCAAGAAGAAGAAAAACAAAGAGACACUUUUACAGUAUCUUAUUUACUUCACUCUGAUGAUGAAGUUAAGACAUUUGUUGAUGAAUACAUGCCCCGCCCCCUCACCCAACCUGUUCAUCCAACAUCAUUGACAGCAGCUUUCAGGUCAUAAGGUCAUAAGAGGUCAUAAGACAUCAAAAAGUCCUUCAUCUUUUCUCUUAAUGGUGACAAAUAUUUUAGUGCUUUUAGCUUUUAUAUGUAAUUUAAUUGCUUAAUUGGUCCAUUUGUUUAUGGAAGUCAUGAUUAAUGGUUAAUUGAUUAACUUGCUAGUGUGAAACACCUCAUCCUUGUUACUUAUGCACCUGUUUAGACAGGUGUCAAGUUACAUUUCAUAAAAAAUGUUUUAAUGGAAAACAAUAGUGUCGAUGCAAACUCAAAGCAUUUGCACUAAAAUGUGUUUAACUUGAUGUGGACGUUUUUACUUGAUUGUGUCCUACUGGAGACACUUGUGUCCUCUUAGUCCUCCUCAUUCAUCUGAGGGAGUCUUCACCCUAAACACAACCUCUUCUUCUUCUGUAGCAGUGAACGCAGUGUUGGUGAUGAUUGUGUUUGGUUGAUGCAGUCAGUGAUGGUGGAUUCACUGCUCUUCCAACAAUUUCUCUCAGAGUCACAUGUCUCUUCUUUAUGGUUGAAAGGACAUGUACAUGUACUCAGCAUUUAUUAAAUUUUUAUUAAUGCCACACACUAACAAAAGUGGGAUUUAUAGAGGGUUUUUUUAUGCUUGCAGUUUCUAACUUGACAUACUUUCCUCUUAUUGUUUGGCUUCAUGUUUUCAGGUCAUCUGAUUCAAGAAUAAUUCAGUGAAGCUUUUAUUUUAUUUAUUUAUUUUAUUUUAUUUUUACAAAUUCACAAAAAUGCUACAAUGUCCUGAACUCUCUUUAGAUUUUUUCUUUAUUUUAACUGAAGAUGGAAAAGUAUUGUUGAAAAGGUCAAGGUCAUGUCACACGUUGUUUAACUGAAGCAUGUCUGUCUUUAAAGUUGUUAGAUACCAAGUAAAGUAGUUCAAAGUUUAAACAUUCCUCUUCCUCAUCAACCAGCUGGGACACUUUAUUGCCCCCUCAGGAUUGACUGAGAGUUCAUAUAUAGCGCCACCAGCAGGUCAUCAUUACAAUGGGUCUCAAACUUUACUGGUUAAUGACUAGAGAGUGUACAGAGGUGGCAUCACUGCCAAUAUUUCACUGGAUCUUACUUGUAAUGCUAAAGCUAAUGCUAAUGUUACAUAUAUUUUGAUGUAAAACAGGGUUUGAUGUUGCGCAUGUUUAUUCGUUGAUAUUUAGAUAAAUUUGUAUAGUUUAUUAGUGACUCGUGGUCUUGCCGAUCAUAGAUGAUGGACCUUCACUUGCUGCUGUAACUCACUGCCAGCUGUUUUAUUUUAUUUUACUUUUCCUUUAUUUAGCCAGGAAGGUCCCGUUGAGAUACAAGAUCUCUUUCAGGGAGUCAGGGUCCUAUAAAUAUCUACGAAGACAAAGCAAUUUCAGAUAUAAACAACAAAAUGUGGGCCACACGGUGGUGUAGUGGUUAGCACUCUCGCCUUGCAGCGAGAAGACCCGGGUUC